AUGGCCGGGCGAGGAGGCCCGGCGCUCUGGCCCCUGUGCGCGACGCUGGCCGCCUGCGGGUGGCUGCUGAGCGCCGAAACCCUGGAGCCCGGGGCGUCCGCGGCGGGCAUGCGGCGGCGCCGGCGGCUGCAGCAGGAAGACGGCAUCUCCUUCGAGUACCACCGCUACCCCGAGCUGCGCGAGGCGCUGGUGUCCGUGUGGCUGCAGUGCACCGCCAUCAGCAGGAUCUACACGGUGGGGCGCAGCUUCGAGGGCCGGGAGCUGCUGGUCAUCGAGCUGUCCGACAACCCUGGGGUCCACGAGCCUGGUGAGCCUGAAUUUAAAUACAUUGGGAAUAUGCAUGGUAAUGAGGCUGUUGGGCGGGAACUGCUCAUUUUCCUGGCCCAGUACCUGUGCAAUGAAUACCAAAAAGGGAACGAGACCAUCGUCAAGCUGAUCCAUAACACUCGGAUUCACAUCAUGCCUUCGCUGAACCCUGAUGGCUUUGAGAAGGCAGCAUCUCAGCCUGGUGAACUCAAGGACUGGUUUGUGGGUCGAAGCAAUGCCCAGGGAAUAGAUCUGAACAGGAACUUUCCCGACCUGGAUAGGAUAGUUUAUAUUAAUGAGAAGGAAGGUGGUCCCAAUAAUCAUCUGUUGAAAAAUCUGAAGAAAAUUGUGGAUCAAAACGCAAAGCUUGCUCCCGAGACCAAGGCUGUCAUCCACUGGAUUAUGGAUAUUCCUUUUGUGCUCUCUGCCAAUCUCCACGGAGGAGACCUUGUGGCCAAUUACCCCUAUGAUGAGACUCGGAGUGGGAGCGCUCAUGAAUAUAGUUCUUGCCCAGAUGAUGCCAUUUUCCAAAGCUUGGCGAGGGCAUACUCCUCUUUUAACCCGUCCAUGUCGGACCCCAAUCGGCCACCAUGUCGCAAGAACGAUGAUGACAGCAGCUUUGUAGAUGGAACGACCAAUGGUGCGGCUUGGUACAGCGUACCCGGUGGAAUGCAAGACUUCAAUUACCUGAGCAGCAACUGCUUCGAGAUCACCAUGGAGCUUAGCUGUGAAAAGUUUCCACCUGAGGAGACUUUGAAGACCUACUGGGAGGACAACAAAAACUCCCUUAUUAGCUACCUUGAGCAGGUACACCGAGGAGUUAAAGGGUUCGUCCGAGACCUUCAAGGUAAACCAAUUGCCAAUGCAACCAUCUCAGUGGAAGGAAUAGACCACGAUGUUACAUCUGCAAAGGAUGGCGAUUACUGGAGGCUGCUUGUACCUGGAAACUAUAAACUCACAGCCUCAGCUCCAGGCUAUCUGGCGAUAACAAAGAAAGUGGCGGUUCCCUACAGUCCUGCUGUUGGAGUUGAUUUUGAACUGGAGUCAUUUUCUGAAAGGAAAGAGGAGGAAAAGGAAGAAUUGAUGGAAUGGUGGAAAAUGAUGUCAGAAACUUUAAAUUUUUAAAAAGGGUCUAAUUAGCUGCUUUUGUUCUGUACAAUGUAGUCUGAUGUAACGUGGCCAUUUUCUUUUAGAGUUUGUGCAGUUAAUUUUUAACGUUGAUUUAAAUAUUAAUAGACAUUACUUAAAAUAAAUAAUUAAACUCUUAGAGGUAAAAAUACAAUGACUUGCUCUAUUUCUUCUUAUAUAACGUUCAUUUUCCUACACAUAUUAUACAAGAGAUUGUAGAAAAGAUUGAAGUGAUCUGGCCAUCUUAGACUUAACUGCAAUAUUCCAUGUGUUAUUUACAGUGCAGAACUUUUUGAGUCAUUCUAGCUUUUAAAAAUUAAUGAAUGCCUUUUAAUAUAAUUGGUGACAAUGUCACAUAAUGAAUGCCAUUGAAAAGGUCAAUAGCUACAGCUUGGAGUUGUGAGCACUAUAUUGAAAGACCUAAAUUGUUCAGUAUAAAUUGUCAUUUGUCUCUUGUGCUGACUAGCUAUAUAUGUAAGCAUGAUCUUGUUAAUGCAUUUUUUGAUGGGAAGAAAAUGUACGUGGUUAGCAAGAGGUUUUCUGAAGGGAAUGGAAAUUGACGUCUUGCUUGUACAUACAGGGGCUAUACUGCUGUACUCUACUGCCUGUUAACAUUCCUUUGAAGUUUAGGUUCUCUCGUGGUUGUAGAUUGACCCAGAAUUGCAUUAGAAAUGAAUAAAGGUUAAAAAGCAACACCA